AUGUGGAAAGAGAGGUUUGGAAACAGAAUUGACAAAUUAAAAGGCAGAGUUUGCUGGGUUACUGGAGCCUCUUCCGGAAUUGGAGAAUACUUGUCCUACGAACUGGCAAGAGCCAACUGCAAGUUGGUUCUUUCUGCUAGAAAUAAAGCUGCACUUGAUGAAGUGAAGAAAAGGUGUCUAACUACUGGCCGACUGACUGAGGAUGACAUCUUAGUUCUUCCAUUUGAUGUGAAAAAUGUUGGUUAUCAUAAGGAGGCCAUGCAAAUUGUGUUGAAAAAAUUUAAUCAAAUUGACAUCUUAAUAAACAAUGCUGGGAGAUCCCAGAGAGAAUUUAUAAUAGACACAGACAUCUCUGUUGAUAAGGAAUUGAUUGAUUUGAAUGUCUUAUCACCCAUCUCACUUGUCAAAUGUGUUCUGCCUGACAUGAUUAAAAGGAAGAGUGGCCACAUUGUUGUAACCAGUAGCCUGGCUGGCAAAUUUGGUCUUCCAUACUCCGCAAGUUAUUGUUUGUCCAAAUGGGCUAUCAAUGGAUGGCAUGAGUCUUUGUAUUGCGAAAUGAAACAGCACAACAUAGAUGUCACCAUCGUCUGUCCUGGUCCCAUUGAUACAAAAUGUGAAGAUAAUUGCAUCAGUAAUUCUUUUAAAAAGUCGGUAAAGAAGAUGACGUCAUCAAGAUGUGCUGAAUUAAUGUUGGUGGCCAUCGUGAAUAAGUUGCAAGAAGUGUGGAUAGCCAGACAGCCAUUUUUGUUCUUCACUUAUCUUAAUCAGUUUCUACCACAACUGGUUUUGUGGUGA